GAACUGCGCAUUUAACUUGCGCGCGUUCUUUCUUUUUGACAAGUGUUUUGGGUUGUGCUUCUCUGGUGUGUUCAACUCUAAGACAACGAAUAAAAAAUGGGUGUUACUGUAUUGCAACAGUACCCUAUGAUCGAGAACAGAACCGGCCCACAGACGAUCGAGUUCUUGACUAAACGAGUGGUUGCUCUUGGUGCUGUUCAAACUGGCCAGUUCCUGGUGGAUUGUGAGACGUACGUGUCGGUGCCACAAUUGGGUGUUCAAAGGACCCUCCACGUUCUCCACAACUCCGAGCAGCCAGCAUCCGUGUUCGCCAUCCUGGAAUCCGGGAACAAGGUGGUGCCAUUGAUAGCGGACGGACUAUUCGAUCUGUUAAUGUACAAAAUAUCCAGCAUCUACACGAACAAGAUGCAGAAAGUCGAAUCAAAAGGUCCACGGUUCGAAAUCGGUGAUUUCUGCGUGAAACUCGGCAGCGUGACCAUCAAUCAAAAUUUCAAAGGUGUCCUCGUCGAGGUGGAAUAUAGACCUUGUGUUGUUCCGGGAAGCGCAUGGGAAUUGAUGCGUGAAUUUUUGCAGGGGUUCCUUGGAUCUACCGUGUCCAAUCAAGCGCCACAAUAUUUACAAAAUCGAAUGAAUGAUAUUUAUCAGCCUUUGGACACGAUACAACAAUAUUUGGAACACUUUGGGCAAUACAGAAAAGCCACAGGUGUAAUUUAAAAAUUAGGCGUUUCUUUGAACUUGUUCAUUGUAAGUUUUAAAUUAUUCAAUGUUUAUACAGCACAUGACUGAUAAGAGAAAGCACUACGUUAUAGUGAAAUGAUUGAUUUAAUAAAUGGAAAAUAUUGUGCAAAGCUUAUUUUAACUUUAUAUGUACCACUGGUGUCAUGUGGCUCUUAUAAAAAAAAACCUCUCAUUGUACCGUGGUGACAUCUAUCCAAAUCUUCGUGCACUUUUUGAUGAAUGCUUUAUCAAUAGAGCUAUUCUUAUCGACUAAAUUAUUGAUAAUGUAGGAAUUCAUAAUCUAUAAUAAACAUUUUGGCUGUACUUCCGAAAACCUCCAUGCUCCAAAUUGGCUGAAAUUUUGAGAAUAGGUUUCUUUUUAAUAAAAAUGAUGAUUCCAAGAAGGGUUUUUGGCAACUUGAGAAAAAAAAUUUUAUCAUUUGGGUGUCAUUCCCUACUUUACCGACGCAAUUAUAACAGCCGGAAUACUUGAGGCAGAUUUGUAGGCGGUUCUGAGGCUGAACUUUUCUUCAGGGGCCCAAAAAUUAUGGCCUUUUUUUAUCUUCUUGAAGCAUUUAACGAGUAGAAUCUAAAAAUCCUAGUUUUAAGACGCGAAACCCAUCGGUUCAGAAGUUAUGCGUGUGUAAAACUGAGUGUUUUUAGCGUAUUUGACAGGUAACUGAAAAGCAGCCGGCCACGCAUGCCAAAAUCAUUGAUAUCAGUUAUCCACCCGUUAUGUCUAUUGGUUUUUAACUGUCACGAUGGCUUUGUACACCGACGAGAUACUGUUCUCGUCGUUGUAGAAAGCGUAGAUAACAGUAGAUGCUAUGCCGGUAAAAUAGAGAGUGACAUUCAUCUGAUAAAUUUUUUUUCGAGUCGCCAGAAAUUCUUCUCGCAAUCAUUUUUAUCAAAAAAGAAUCUAUUUCCAAAAUUUGAGCCAAUUUGGAGCAUGGAGGUUUUCAGAAGCUUAGCCAUUCUAUUAUUUAAUUUCAAAUGCUCCAAUUUACAGUAUUUGAUAAAAUGUACAAUUAAUAUUUUCAGCGAAAAUAGAUGAAAAAUUUGUGAAACAUUAUAUGUAUACGUGUAAUUAAAACAAGUACUUAUGUUUUUAUAAUUAAUGAUUAAAUUCAUUUUUAUACGUAGUUGUAUACACGGUAUUGAAUGAAAUAAGAAUAUUACUAAUUUUUUGACUACUAACGCCUUACCUUAAAAUUUGUCGAAUCAUCAAUUUCUAAUUUACUUGCGUCACAUUCAUAAAUAUUUAUAAACGAGUGAGGUGCCAGUUUUUCAAUAUACCUUCAUUACCAUAGAAACAUUGCUAAUAUCGUAAAUGUUACUUUUUCUUGUUACAUUAAUUAACACCUUAACACCUUAAUAUCUUGAAGUAUAAUAUCACAAAAAUAAUAAAAAGUAUGCUAAUUUAAACAAUCGUUCAUUGUAUUUAAAAUUUUAUCGUAAACUUAAAUAUAAAAAGUUUAUAAAUAUCUAUGUACAAAGUAUAUUAUGAAUACCUGUAUUUUUUUCACCAAUUCUACUUUUAACGUCUUGUUCUUCCAAUUUAUUUAGUACCUAACACACACAAAAAAAAUGUGCAAUGUAUUCAUAAGUGAAUAUUAAGAAACGUGAUUGCGAAAGAAAUAUAUCAAAAAAAGUAAUAGAUAUAUUUAUAGAAUUUAAUCCAAGUUCAAAGUUCGGAUAUGUAAGCACAUUUCUUUGCAUAUCAAAUAGUGAUUUAAU